AAAAUUUAAAAAAAAAAAAGAAGAAGAAAGGAAAUAAACACAGCACCAACCGGCAACUCAUUGCGCAUCCGCAUCUGGUAAAAGCUUCAAUCACAAAGCCCAACACUUGAUUCAUCCAAUAUUUCUGAUUUUCCAGACUACCUAAGCAAUUCAAAUUUGGCAAUUUCUCCACCCAUCUGUGCGAAUGCUGUAACUUCGUUUUUGAUGCUAUAUAGUUAGAUGUAUUGAGUGUUGAAAGCAUAAUGGACAAGGGUUUCAGCGCCGAAGAUCUGUCUACUAUCGGAGGCAUCGCUACCGUUUCACUUCUUCAUUCAUUCAUUCCAACGCAUUGGCUUCCCUUCUCCAUUGUUGGCCGCGCCCAGAAAUGGAAUCUCUCCAGAACCCUCCUCGUCACGGCAUUUGGGGCAGUUUUGCAUGUAAUAUCCACUUCACUUCUUGGUAUAACGGCAAUAACCAUGGCAAACACAAUUGCUGGAGAAGAAACUGUGCACAAACUUGCUUCACUUUUGCUUGUAAUUCUAGGUGGUAGUUAUGUGUUACUGUUUCUCUCUGGAAAAGGUGGACAUAGUCAUUCUCACAACCAACCCAUGGAGAAAAUGGCUGUUGCAGGACUCGUGCUUGUACCUGCAUUAUCCCCUUGUGCAACUACGCUUCCAGUUUUUCUUGCUGUUGGGAAUUCAUCCUCCAUGAUGGUGCUUGCUAUCAUAGUGCUGCUAUUUAGUACUAUUACUGUGAUGACCUCACUGGUGGCUCUAUCAUUCUACGGUGCCAGCCAGCUCAAGUUUCACUGGGUGGAGCGGUAUGACAAACUUCUCGUGGGUACAGUUUUAUGCUUGGUAGGAAUCUUGACCCUAAUUUUUCAUGAUCAUGAUCAUGACCACAAUCACAAUGGAGAUGGAGGUCUCUUAGGACAACAUUUGCACAGAAAACUCGUCAUUCCUUGAGUGCUCUUAUUAUCUUCUAGUGUGUAAUUUUGGUAUAUAAGUCUGUAGAAUACCUCUUACUGGCUCAAAAAGGCAUUGGCUGCAAGUGACUGUUGAAUGUUGAUUGCUCCUAAAUGAGUAUUAGUUAUGUUUUGUUGA